AAACAGUAUCUUGAAAAGAUAACGAGCAAAAGGUGGAAGCACGCAAUAUAUAAUUCUGAGACUUAUGACGAUGCGAGACUGAAACGGAACAACUUUGGCUGAACAGUCGAUUUUUGCAUGUGCUGAAUUUCCUGUAAUUCAAUUGGUUACCGGCCACUGCAUCUGCUAUGGAGUGGACCGAUUUUCGUGCUAACGAAUCGUCUCAUUCAAAUACAAUACGAAUGAUACAUUUAUUGUUGUUUUCGUUCAAGCUAUGUAUUCUCAACCAAAAGUGAAUCUCGUCAAAAACAUUGAAUACUUUAUGAUACGAUAAAAAUCGGCAGAAAUUAACCACAAGUUGCAUUAAUUUUCCGUUUGUCAGCAUGAAGGUUGUUGCGGUACUGUUACUUAUCGCCGCCGUGGCAUCAGCUAUCGAGUGGACCGAUCUUCGUGUGAAAUGGAAAUUUUGGUUGCUCGACCCAUUCCACUGGUCGAGUUAUUAUCAGAUGCCACGCACAAAAGCUGAUGCCAUUUCCAAUGACUGGGUUGAAGUGUCUGGUCUCAGUUCCUUGGAUUUGACUGGGUAUUGCCUGGAUGGUGACGGUCGCGUUUGUCUUUAUUAUGAUUCCUACGGGAACGUUGCCGCUAUUCAUGCCGGUAUGCUCGUGAGCGAUGUUGCAGAUAUGCAAAGUAUAUACAACAUGUCGGUGUUCAACCAAUAUGAGAUAAAAACGAUAUUCGAAGAAGAGUACUGGACUAGUACUCUCUUAUUCAUAUCCCCUGACGAUAUUGCAGCUGGUGGUCGCGACGAAACGAAUGAUCUCACCGGCACUGAAGGAAUAUGGUUCGUAACCACGGACGGAUAUAUAACAAUUCCCAGGAAUGUAUCAGAUUGGGAUUCUGCAUGGACGAAAGAAAACUGCAUUCCUGAAAUGGGCACUCACUAUUACUACGCGAUGAAUACAUCGACCGAGUGUACAGCCUUCCAGCCUUGGUUCUUGUUGGAACAAGAUGGCGAGCUGAGCGGUGUCGGACUACAGGGAUUCGGAUCAACGACUUACAAAAGCCGAAACUGGUAUGAGGAGGUUCCAGCUCCAGCCGCCGCUAUCAGGCCCACAAUCCCGACGACCUCAGAUUGUGUCGUAGAAUGGGCUGCCGAAUACGGUGUAAUUUCAAUGCACAUUUACUUCACUUCCAAACCAUGGGAAUACUGGUGCUAGUUGCAGAAAUCCAGGUGCAAAAAUGCUUCUGGCUGAAUAAAAUUGUAUGAUUAUUGUGAAA